AUGCAAUACAAGAAGUCCCUCGCUGCCACUGCUCUAUUGGCCUCUUCCGGUUUGGCCGCUUACGUUCCAGGUAACCCAUGGUCCACUUUGACCCCAUCUGGUACUUACAAGGGUGGUCUAACUGACUACUCCUCUACUUUCGGUAUUGCCGUUCAACCAAUUGCCACUUCUUCCUCUGUCGCUAAGAGAGCUGUCUCUCAAAUCGGUGACGGUCAAGUCCAAGCCGCUACCAAGACUCAAGCUGCUCCAGUUUCCCAAAUCGGUGACGGUCAAAUCCAAGCUACCACCAAGACUCAAGCUGCUCCAGUUUCUCAAAUCGGUGACGGUCAAAUCCAAGCCGCUACCAAGACUCAAGCUGCUCCAGUUUCUCAAAUCGGUGAUGGUCAAAUCCAAGCUGCUACCAAGACUCAAGCUGCUCCAGUUUCUCAAAUCGGUGACGGUCAAAUCCAAGCUGCUACCAAGACUCAAGCUGCCCCAGUUUCUCAAAUCGGUGACGGUCAAAUCCAAGCUACCACCAAGACUCAAGCUGCUCCAGUUUCUCAAAUCGGUGACGGUCAAAUCCAAGCUACCACCAAGACUACCCAAGCUGCUUCCCAAAUCGGUGACGGUCAAGUCCAAGCUGCUACCAAGACUGCCAGCGCUGCUUCUCAAAUUGCUGACGGCCAAGUCCAACAAAACAAGGACCCUAAGGACCCAGUUGGUGCUGUUUCCUGUAAGGUUGACGGUACCCUACAAAUGAACUUGAAGGGUGGUAUCUUGACUGACGAAAAGGGUAGAAUUGGUUCCAUUGUUGCCAACAGACAAUUCCAAUUCGAUGGUCCACCACCACAAGCUGGUGCCAUCUACGCUGCUGGUUGGUCUUUGACCCCACAAGGUAACUUGGCUCUAGGUGACUCCGAUGUCUUCUACCAAUGUCUAUCUGGUAACUUCUACAACUUGUACGACCAAUCCAUUGGUGCUCAAUGUCACCCAGUUCACUUGUCUGCCAUUGACUUGGUUAAGUGUUAA